CGAGGCGGGAUACGGAGGCCGAGGGGGCGGUGGCGGCCGUGGGCGACAUCCCGGGCACCUGAAGGGCCGCGAGAUCGGGCUGUGGUACGCGCGGAAGCACGGGCAGAGAAGCAAAGAGGCUGACAGGCAGCAGAGAGCUGUGGUGCAAAUGGAUGAACAUCGUGAAGAACAGAUCGUGCAGCUGCUGAAUACUGUCCAGACUAGAAACGAAAAAGAACAAGAAGCCAUGUCCUGGUGGUCAGGCGAGGAAGAAGGACCUGAUCAAGUGGAGCAAGUAAAAGAGAAACCAACCUUGGAAAAGGUUCCUAUAAAACAUAGACCAAACUUGGAGAGAACGUUCCUAGAUCGGGAUGCAGAAUUUCUUUUUCAAAAAAAUGAGCCAGAUAUUGAUUUAGAUGAGCAAUUUAGAGAAGAAUUAAGAAAGAAGAAAUCUGAUUCAAGAUACAUUGAAAUGCAGAGGUUCCGAGAAAAAUUACCUUCAUAUGGGAUGAGAAGGGAACUGGUAAACGUUAUAAAUAAUAAUCAGGUAACUGUGAUAAGUGGUGAGACUGGUUGUGGAAAGACCACACAAGUAACUCAGUUCAUUCUGGAUGACUAUAUUGAGAGAGGAAAAGGGUCUGCUUGCAGGAUUGUAUGCACACAACCAAGGAGGAUCAGUGCCAUCUCAGUUGCAGAGAGAGUUGCUGCUGAAAGGGCGGAAGUAUGUGGUAAUGGGAAGAGUACAGGAUACCAAAUUCGCUUGCAGAGUCGGUUGCCAAGGAAACAAGGUUCCAUUUUGUACUGUACAACAGGAAUCAUCUUACAGUGGCUUCAAUCAGACAAGCAAUUGUCCAGUGUUAGUCAUGUUGUCCUUGAUGAAAUCCAUGAAAGGAAUCUUCAGUCAGAUGUCUUAAUGACUGUUAUUAAAGAUCUCCUAAAUGUUCGUUCAGACCUGAAAGUAAUACUGAUGAGUGCUACUUUGAAUGCAGAGAAAUUUUCAGAAUAUUUUGACAAUUGUCCCAUGCUUCAUAUACCUGGAUUCACUUUUCCUGUAGUGGAAUAUCUUUUGGAAGAUGUCAUUGAAAAAUUAAGGUAUAUGCCAGAAAAUACAGAUCGCAGACCUCGCUGGAAAAAGGGCUUCAUGCAGGGACACAUAAGCAGACCAGAAAAGGAAGAAAAAGAGGAAAUCUAUAGAGAACGUUGGCCAGAUUAUCUAAAACAGCUUCAAGGAAGGUAUUCAACAAGUACUAUAGCUGCUUUGGAAUCGAUGGAUGAUGACAAGGUUGACCUUGACCUCAUAGCUGUACUCAUCAGAUACAUUGCCUUAGAAGAAGAGGAUGGUGCAAUAUUGGUGUUUCUCCCAGGCUGGGACAACAUUAGCACUUUACAUGAUCUCUUGAUGUCACAAGUCAUGUUUAAAUCGGAUAGAUUUGUUAUCAUACCUCUCCACUCUUUGAUGCCUACUGUUAAUCAGACGCAGGUUUUUAAAAAGACCCCUCCUGGAGUACGGAAAAUUGUAAUUGCAACCAACAUAGCAGAGACCAGCAUUACCAUAGAUGAUGUUGUGUUUGUUAUUGAUGGAGGAAAAAUAAAAGAAACUCAUUUUGACACGCAGAACAACAUUAGCACCCUGGCUGCUGAGUGGGUUAGUGAUGCUAAUGCCAAACAAAGGAAAGGCCGAGCAGGAAGAGUCCAGCCUGGUCACUGUUUUCAUCUAUACAAUGGUCUACGUGCCAGUCUUCUAGAUGAUUAUCAGUUACCAGAAAUCCUGAGGACGCCUUUGGAAGAACUCUGUCUACAAAUCAAGAUCUUAAAGCUUGGGGGAAUUGCUCAUUUUCUAAGCAAAUUAAUGGAUCCACCAUCUCAUGAUGCUGUAAUGUUGUCCAUAAACCACCUAAUGGAACUGAAUGCUUUGGAUAGACAAGAGGAACUGACUCCACUAGGUGUCCAUUUGGCACGAUUGCCAGUUGAGCCGCAUAUUGGAAAAAUGAUUCUCUUUGGAGCUUUAUUCUGUUGCUUAGAUCCUGUGCUCACAAUUGCAGCCAGUCUCAGCUUCAAGGAUCCCUUUGUCAUUCCACUGGGCAAAGAGAAAGUAGCAGAUGCAAGGAGAAAGGAACUCUCAAAGAACACUAAGAGUGACCACCUAACCAUUGUGAAUGCUUUCACAGGCUGGGAAGAGGCUCGGCGGCGUGGCUACCGAAAUGAAAAAGACUACUGCUGGGAGUAUUUUCUGUCUUCAAAUACACUCCAGAUGCUGCAUAAUAUGAAAGGGCAAUUUGCUGAACAUCUCCUAGCAGCUGGGUUUGUGAAUAGUAAAGACCCCAAAGAUCCAAAAUCUAAUACCAACUCAGAUAAUGAGAAGUUGCUCAAGGCAGUCAUCUGUGCUGGUUUAUAUCCAAAAGUUGCAAAGAUCCGGCCAAGCUUUAGCAAGAAGAGAAAAAUGGUUAAAGUUUGUACCAAGCCAGAUGGAACUGUUAACAUUCAUCCUAAAUCUGUUAAUGUGGAAGAAGCUGAGUUCCAUUAUAACUGGCUCGUUUAUCAUCUGAAGAUGAGAACCAGCAGUAUUUACCUCUAUGAUUGUACAGAAGUCUCUCCAUACUGUCUCUUGUUCUUUGGAGGAGAUAUUUCCAUUCAGAAGGAUAACGAUCAGGAUACUAUUGCUGUGGAUGAAUGGAUUGUCUUUCAGUCUCCUGCAAGGAUAGCCCAACUAGUCAAGAAUUUAAGAAGUGAACUAGAUGACCUUCUCCAAGAGAAAAUUGAAAACCCGCACCCUGUGGACUGGAAUGACACUAAAUCCAGGGACACAGCAGUCCUGACAGCCAUUAUAGACUUAAUCACAACACAAGAGAGUGAAAGUGCCAGAAACUUUGCUCCUCGAUUUCAGAAUGAACAUUAUAGUUGACACUUUCUUUCUUGUUAGAAAGAGAUGACAUUUUGCCAGUUUUUCUUUAAUUUUAUAGCAUUUAUCUAGCUAGACUUGAGACUUUUUAGGGCAACGUAGUAAUUUCACCUUAUUAAAAAACAAUUAAUUUCAGUAGUUUGUAAUGUCUAUAUGUGCAUGGUAUUCAGUGUUUAAUGUGUCUUUUUAAAUACAAGACAGUGUAAUGCUGUAAGCAACUAUUGGUGUAUGUUUAUUUCUUGUCCUUACUUCUUUGGAACUAACUUUGAUGUAAAAGGUGAAUAAUAUUCAGAAUGCACUGCAAAAAGUACUGCUUUAUUAUAUAUAAACUGUCAAGUUCCUGCUGCCUGUGGAUUUUUGGGGAGGAAAUAGAUGCUAGUAGUCAGUGUUGUCAAAAACAGUAAAAAUGCUGCAUGGUUGCAACUGAAGCUUCCUUCAGUCAGUUAGAAACCAAACUUCUUGACAAAACAGUUAACAUUGUACAGUGUGAAGAUUCACUAUUUAAAACUUAAUCUGCUCUCCCUUCAUCCAAAUCAUUACAUCUCUUCUUUUUCUUUUAUGCCCAGUGAUCAGUUUGAGCAAAACUUCAGAAUAAGGGAAGUAUUUACUAUUGACUUAAAAAAAAAAAAAAAAAAAAAAAA